GAUAUUCGAAAGCGAGCGGAUCGGAGAUACGCUGAAGCUGCCAUACUUGUGCAUGUGUGUGUAAGAUGGGCUGGUUUAGCAAGAAGAAACAAACGGAUGACUGCGGCGGUGGAGACGCGCAUCGGGCGCUGGCCCUGCAGGAUCCACGCACACGUGUUAAUACAACAAGUGCUGCAACGGAGACCACGAAUACGGCCGUGCAGAAUUCAACGAUUUUCGAUAGUAAUAAGCAAACGGUAACUUUUAUGUCCACACGUCAGACGGUGACGCAUACGCAGCAGGCGCGCGUAACGGAAAUGAUAACGCGCCGCACACCUAGCCAGGCAGAGCUUGAGGAGCUGCUAUCGCAACUGCCCAUGAAUGGUGGCAAUCGCGCCAGCCUGACGGGUGUAUCCAUGCGCUCGACGCCCACAGUGCAGACCAACGCGGAAGCCAAGCGCUCCAGCACAGUGAUUAAAACCGAGCAAACGACAGUGUCACAAAAGCAUGGACGCAGCGUGACUCAGCAUGUGGAGACAAAGCGCGUUGUGCUGAGUCCAGGCCAAUCCAAAUUUAAAUAUACAACCACAACUAGCUCAAAGCCAACAGCAGGCUCAGCCUCAAGCGCAGCUUCAAACAAAGACAAGACCUAUGUCUCGCCAUAUGCCAACAAGCCGUUGAGUAUUGGUUAUGUGUCGCCUUAUACCACCAAGACGAGCAGCAGCAGCAGCAGCAGCAGCAGUGCUGGCGUUGGCGGCACCAGCACAAUCUACGCCAAGCCUCAAGUCAGCAGCACAGUCCUUGCCAAACCCUCAGUCAGCAGCUCAGUUCUUACCAAACCGCAAGUCAGCAGCGCCAAUAGCGUCAAGCCAGUUGCCAAGCUCACCAUACCCAAAGCAUUCGUUAGCCUCAAUCCCAGCACAGGUGCUGUGCCCAAGCGCGCGUCCAACAGCACGGAUGCCCAGGGCAGAAACGGCCUAACGAACAUAACGCCAGUGAGCAGUGUUUCCACCAAGACCUUGAAGAAUCUAAAAAAGCUCAAGCCUGCGCUUGUAUAUAUAUUCAAUCAUGAAAAGUUCGAUAAUCAAAAUGAAUUUCGUGAUGGCAGCGCCAAUGAUGUGAAGUCACUUAAAAGCUCCUUCCAAGCGCUCAGGUGCUCUGUGCAGAUAAUUCCCAAUGCCACUUUGUCUGUCGUGAAGAGCACUGUGCGUCAGCUGGAAGUGAAGAACUUUGCAGAGUAUUCCGCCUUGGUGUUGGUCAUACUUAGUCAUGGCCAGCGUUAUGACACCAUAGCUGCGAAGGACGGUGAAUAUAGACUGGAUGAUGAUCUGAUCUUUCCCAUAGUGCGCAAUCGCACAUUGUUAGAUAAACCGAAGAUCCUUUUUGUGCAGGCCUGCAAGGGAUCCAGAGAAAUGGGACAAUUUAAAACGGAUGCUGCACAGCCCCACGGCAGCCCCAGUGAGAUUCUAAAGUGCUACAGCACCUAUGAAGGUUACGUUUCCUAUCGCCUUGAUGAUGGCACACCCUUCAUUCAAACACUUUGUGAGGCCUUAAAGAAUAAGCCACGCACUGACAUUGAGACCAUUAUGACUGAUGUGCGACGUACAGUCAAACAAAUAACCAAGGAUUCCCAAAUACCAUCGGUGACAAGCACUUUGACCCAAAAAUAUACAUUUGGGGAUUAUCUCUAAGCAUUUAAAUACGACUCGUGAU